GAUGUGCUUGUGAACGCCAUUUUGGUAUAGUGUGGCCUAUGUUAAGCAACAAAAACUGCAAUAAUUGCGAUAAACUGUGUCUAAUCAAUCAUUAUCAUACAAAAUAAGUAAUUUUUUCUUCUCAUCGUUUGGAACGAGCCCAGAUUGGGUGCCUCGUUCCUACCGUGCGUGAACAUCUAAAUGUUUGUGUGGUGGCAGCAUGUCAGCUGUGCCAGGCUCUCAGGCCAAGGGGGAGAAAGCUACAAAGAAGUAUCAGUCCCUGAACGUCAACGCUUUAUUUAAGGGUAAAUCUAUUGAAAUUAGUCAGAAGACUGUUAUCCAGAAGCAUGGCUUACAAAGUUUGGGCAAAGUCGCGUCGGUGCGACGCAUUCCUCCUCCUGCUUUGCUGCCCAGCCUGAAAGCAGAGAAUUGCGGCAACGAUCCUACUGUCAACCUCGUACCUUCAGGCGGACAAGGAUGGGGCACCACAACCGACAACCCUCCAGUUUCACAACAAUCAACACUCACUCCCCAACUGCAGCAAGAACAACAACAAUCAAACUCACAGCCAGCGCAGCAGCAGGCACAACAACAUGCCUCCACAGGCUCCAAUGCUACUGUCACACCUACUGUUUCUGCUCCUCCUCCAACCACUGCUGCAUCAGUCCCUCUAGGACCACCUGUAAAGGUUUUCGACCCCAGCAUCAUCCACCAGCCAUCACCCUUCUUGCCUCAGGCGUCAUCUGCUACAAAUGCUACAGAUGGAAGUGGAAGCAGCAGAGCUAUUGCAAAUGGAGUGCUGAAAGGAAACUACAUCGCCUCCUCAGCCGCAAUAAUGGUGAACAAUCAACUGAAGCUUCAGAACAGCAGUGUACAGAACGCAGACAACAACAGCAAGAUAGUGAGUGGCAGCAUCCCGCUCCCUCUCUUGGGUCCUCCAUCAAAUUCUCAAGGACCCACGACUCAAGGGAGCAGCAAGCGAGCCACGACCGCCUCAUCUGGGACCUUCCUUUCCCGUCCCUUGUUGGGAGACUCCGACGGAGGGUCUGCUGCAGCAGGUGCAGCAAGCAAGAAGACAGUUCCUGUUGUUGCAAGUUUGUCAAACAAAAAACCUGUGCGUGGAAGUGGAGGAGGAAACGCUGGAAGUGUCCCACCUACUGGAGGUGUUGCGGGAGGAGGGGCAGGAGGAGUAGGCACAGGUGGUGGAAACGGUGGCGGCAUCCAGGCACCUGCAGGUGGUCCAGCCAUUGUUCCCGGUGGAAGAGGAUGGAGCAACGCAAGUGGCUCGAGUCGUCAAGCUGCGGCAUCUCCACUGCUCACAGGGCCUCCUACCCUUGCCUCCGUGACGGCUGGUCAUCAGCCAGCUUCGACCUUCUCAUCAAAGGAAUUUCCAAAACUUGGCAGUGGUGGCAGUGGCGGUGGUGGAAGUGGAGCACAACAAAAUCAACCUCCGGACAACUCUCACCGUUAUGGACCUGGGCCCAGUCUCAGACCUCAAAGCGAACUGCUUGGAAGCCGGGGUGCCAGUGGUGGUGGCGGCUCGCAACUGUCGGCCGCGCAGGUGACGGCUGCUAGCCCCUCAGUUGCUCCCCCUGGUCUUGCUCCUGGCUCCGUGCCACCUGCUCUCUCAAGCCCCCCUGAAAAGGACUCGGCGAGUUCUGUGCUUCAACCUCCCAAACCGAGCACUACUAAUUUCUUCAAAUCCAUGGUGCCCAUGAUGCCUUCUUUUAUGGGAGGAGAGGUCCCUAACUUUACUCCUAACUACCCAAGCUACGCCCGUGGUGGCUUUCGAGACCGUGAAUCUGUUGCUGACUCCAGCUCGGACUUGGCACCUCGUGAUUUCAGAGAUUCUGGCCGUGAUGCCUUCCGAGAUUCUGGUCGUGAUGGCUUCCGAGAUUCUAACAGAGACGAUAUUCGUGAUUCCUGCCGGGAGUCUGGUCGUGACGGCGGUAAUCGUGACGUCAUUCGUAAUGGUAUCCGUGAACGCGAGGGCGUUCAGGCUAGUCGUGAUGUCAACCGUGAAGGCAGUAACCGUGAUGUACACAGUAAUCGUGAAGUUGGCGGCCGCGGUGCUUUUGGUGGCUAUCAACGACAUGCAGGACCAUAUCGAAAAGAUCCCAUGCAGCAUAGAGGAGACUCUGACGCUGAGCUGUCCAAGAGAGAAAAGGUUUCUGCACACGAAAAUCUGGAUUUCAAUGAUGGAUGGGCUGCAACGCCUUCCGAAAUUGAUUUCAACAAGAAGCUGAACUUCAGUGAAGACGAAGGCAGUGUUGACGACGAGCAGUCUGACGUGCCAAGUAGCCGUAAGAGCGAACCUCGCCUCAAUAAUGGCAUGGGGAAGGAGGCAGCAGCUGCUAAGAGCCUUGCUUCUCAGAAGCGACCUGAACCUUCGAGCACUCCUGUGGAGACAACAGAAGACUCCACUCGUCCCACAUUGCUUCAGAAUGCUGAGGCUGGAUCUUACCAUAAUAGAGCUUGGACUGAGCCCAAGACCAAGGCUCCACUUCUUGCGCAACGACCGCGGGAGGAGCGCUUUGAUCGACCUCGUUACCCCGAAGACCGCAACUGGCAGGGUGGCCCUGGCAAUGCUGGGGUAAAGGGCCCUCCCCAUCCUUUGCUUGGUCAGCAGCCCCAUCCUCCUCCUCUUUUACCGUACCCAACAAACCCCAGCAACCGUAGGUUCCAUCCGUCAGGUCCUGCACAGUGUGAUGUACCAAGCCAAGAGCUCGUGGUGCAGCAAGCGCUCAAUAAGGCACAGCAGCGGGAGAAGGAGGAACUCAGGCGCUAUGAAGAGAAGCUCGGAGAGAAGAAAGUUUUCCGUGUAGAUGACGUCGAUAGCAACAGUUUGGGUGGCCGUGGCAGUGCAUCGCGAUGUAGCAGCGAGAGUUUUGACGAGCUUCCUGCUGCCCCAGACACCAAGGAAGCCUUGCGUCCUGGUCCACCCGGUAUGGCGGAGCACAGGAGCGACUACCAUCGCAUGCCGCCCCAACGAGACGCUCCUAAAUACGGACGAGAUCAGCACCCGUACGGCCGUGGGGGCGGUGGAGGCUAUGACCGUCGGGACGGCCGUCAUCACGACUAUGCCUUUGGUGGAGGACCUCCUUUUAAAAGCAACCUGCCACCACGUCUGCAAAAGCAGCAGCAACAACAGAUGCAGUACCAUAGCGGUCCUGGCUUCAGGUCUCAACCUGUAGCAACUUUUGAGCCUCAAUUUGGCUCCAAUGCUGGAAUUAGACACCAACGCGAUACUGGUGAUCGGGAUUUGAAUGGUUCAGAGCAACAUUCCGAAGGGGCACGAUAUUCAACACCACCCAAUGAUUCCUUUGAAAAACGUCCAUCGCCUGAAGCGGGUGCCGACUCUGCUUGCCACGCUCAGCGAUCUCGCCCCCUGCUGGCUGACCCGAUCCUGCCAGGUUCUGAGAAAAACAGUGACCAAACCGGAGACCGCAACCGUCAGACUCCCGACACGACUUCGUCUGGAGGAUCUGUGGAUCGUUCCUCUCGUAUGACGGACUGGGCGUCAGAAGCUUGGAAUGAUAAAAAUGCGUCACCCAAAAAUGACACUUUUAAACCGGAAGACGCGGUUGGCGGUUUUCUUCAAGAUGAUGAAUUUGAGAGCGGCCGCGGCCAGCAAGGUGCGAACAAGUCGUGGUCGCGCGACUCCUGGCAUCGUCAGACAUCCGAGGAUCGGUCAUACCCUCGAGAUGGUGAUAAUUAUCAAAACCUAGGAAGUAAAACCUUCCCUCGUAACAAUCGAAACCAAGAAUUCAAUCAACCGCGACCUCAACGUCCAAUGAAUCGUAAACCCUCUGAUGAUCGUCACUCAAUCGAUUCCCGUCGACCUUUUGAUGAAAUGCGACCUCAGGACGAUGUUCCUCGUCCUGUGGAGGAGGGGCGCAGGGCUUUUGAUGGGACUCGACGGAACUUUAGUGAUAUCGUUCCGCCUAAAGGUCAAAACCUUGAUCGCCAGUGGGGACAAUUUUCUGAAGAUGGCAUUCCGGAUUACGGCAGUGAGCGCGAGGAUGCCGGGCCAAACUACUCCAAACAUUAUGGUGGUUCCUACCAACCACGCCCGUACAGCGGCCAGCGAGCUCCUUCUGAUCAUCAAUCUAAUUUCGAUGAAGGACCACGCGCGCCACUAUUGGACUAUCGCCAUCAACCUUUCUCGAACAAUAUCCGUGAAGGGCGUCCUGGCCACGCAUCUCCUAACAGUGACUUUCUUCGGAACAACGAUGAUGAGAGAAGUUUUGACCGUCAAAGGUCCAUCGAGCAGAAGGGUCCUGAUGGGGCUUAUAGAGACGAUCAACGUUCAUCAUCUGAACGUUGGAAACUCGGUGAUAAACAACAGAACUACAGUGGUCGUCGAUUUGGCGCUACUGAUCGGGAAAUUCCUUUUGAUGAACAGUGUCAACGUCUUGAUGACCAAGGUCAGCGCUUUGCUUUUGAUCGCCGUUUCGAAGAAGACCGUCGAACGUCGAAAGAAGAUGCUGGUGAACGUGACUCUCAGAGAAUAGCUGCCGACGCAUCUAUUAAUACUCGUCCAUGGCCUGCUAAAGAAUUGACUGAGAAGCUGCGUGACGACGUAUCUGUUAAGUCUGACCGCAGUGAUCGCAACAGCUCAGAUCGCGAUAAGAGGAGUCCUAGUAAUGAUUGGUCUGCUAAAGAAGCAAUCAAAUCAUCAACGAACGAGGCUGUCGAUUCAAGAGAUUGGGAGAAAGAAGCUCCAACGUCGAACCGUUCCUCAGAAGAUCGCAAAGAUCGAGCUCGUCGAGAAGCACCUUCGUCCUCAUGGGCAGAUGCUAAUGACAACGAAUUUUUCAAUAGAAUCGGCGCUAGACCUGCUACUACUGUGACGGAUUUCUCGCCCGAAACUGAUGGGUUCCCUUCUAGAAAUGAACUCGAUGAAAGUGUACAUAAUAAUUCACCACCCACCCCUGACAUUCCCAAAGAAGAACUUGACAAGGAACUGGAAAUUCGCAAGAGUAUGGAGUUGCGAAAAACUAUGACCACUCUAAAGAAAGGCGCUCCCAUAGAGCCUGCUGGCAAUUUCAGUCAAAAAGAAGCUACAUGUAACAAACAACCGACACCUCAGCAACAGCAGCAACAGGCACCACAACAAAAACAGCAGCAACUGCAGCCUCAAAAACAGCUGCAGCAGCAACCCGGUUCACGUGAGAAGAAUAACGCUUGGAAUUCCAACAACCGAUCGUCAAAAAACGGCGAGCGUUCCCGCCCCGAUCCAAUGCAGCCCAGGAACACCACCGGACAGGGCGGGGAGAGGACUCCAAGCACGAAGAGCUGGGCAGAAAAAACGGCAGGCCAAGCCAGCGUCACGACGUCUGUGACGACAGGCCAACAGAAGCCAACCAACACCAAAACUACCACCAAAACCAACCUCAGUGCGCCCUCCUCCAAACCCCAGAGCACAAUAGUGACCCCAGCUAUCGCCAUUACCAGCAACGAAGGUACCAACAAGACCAGCACGAACAACCACUUGCCUCCAUCCCAAAACAGCAACCGCAACAGGAACAGCCCACUUCUCGAGACACCAACAAUGACUUCUGUCAACACGAAGAACAGCAGCAGCAGCAACAACAACAAUAUGUUGAAGAACACCGAUCAAUUGAAAUCUCAACAGGACUCCGAGAGCAGCAACACCUGCAACAACAACGAUGUCGAACCAGAGUCUUCCGCAACAGCGCUCGAAGAGGAGUCCGCAGAACGAACUGAUGGGGGCCAAUUCGAUAAUUCCGGCCGAGGAGGAGGAGCGGGAUAUGGCCGCGGUGCUCGUGGUCGAGGCGGUAUCAGAGGAUAUAACACCCGUGGCAACAGUGGGGGCUCAGGUCGAGGUAGCAUGUUAUCAGGAAGCAACUUCAACACUUCACGGGGCAGGAGCAGUGGCAAGUACACGGAGUACACGAGCCGCAACCGUGUCGGCAUGGGACGCAGCAAGAAGACUCUUCACCAAGGCUACGAUGACUACUGCUACGAUGUAUAUGGCGGGGCAUACUACCAGCAACAAAACUAUCGGCCUAAUAAAGAUAGAAAGGAUAAUUGGAGUGAAGAUAAAUCUCAGGAGGUUGGAGCAGACGAUGAUGUGUACAGCGGUCGGGGCCGUGGAGGUUCUCGUGGCCGAGGUGCCCCAAUGAAGCCCCUUGGAGCACCAGUUCCCCUGAGCUCUGUUGUGGUAUCUGCUCCUGAUCAUCUCGAGCUGUUUGGUAGCCGUGGAGGCCGUGGCUUGGACAAGCACGCGGGCCCAGGCAGGUACGAGCAGCAGCAGCAGUUGCCGCCUCGUUUUCAGAAGAGGAUGGAGGAGCGAGGUCCCAAUGACAGGGGAGGCGGUGGUGUACCAAAGCGCGCCGUCCAGAGGGCAGGCAAAGAAACCUCACCUGAUAACCCUGAUAAAGAAUGGGAAACUGAUUCUGAAAACAGCAAUCCUGAUAACGCAUCGGCUGUGAAAGAUGCUGCGCCUAAAGACCAGAAAAGUGACGAGUCUGGCCGUCCUGAUAACAUUGAGGUUCACAUGGACGAGUUCCAAGAAGUGGUUCGUCGUAAGUCACCAAAAGAAAAACCCAAGGAUGAUCAAGCUAGUAAAUCCAGUAGUGGUAUCGCAUCCGAUUCAGAUUCUUCACGUCGAGGCAAAGAGAACAUUGCCAACAGUAACUUCACCGGGGUUAAGAAGCCCCUCCUCAAACAUCCCGUGAAUGCAAAUGAAAGACCAAGACAGAACAAACUACCUCCUCGCUUGGCCAAACAACGGGACAGUAAGUACAACGGACCAAAUGUCAACGACGGAACCUCGUCCAAUAUUGCAACGAUGUCCAGUGGUUCGAGUCACGUCGCUCCCUCAAGCGCUGCUCUCGCACCUACCGUUACAUCUGUGGUCAGCUCGGCUCCCAGCAAAAAUGCCUGGGAUAAGCCACUCACUGCUUCCUUGCGCUCUAACUCUCCCAUUUCUCCAAGUCUUACCCCACAAGACGCUCCAGUUGUCAGCGUGGCUAAAGUUCCAGGUGAACCGUUGUUGGAAACUCCUAAGGAUUUGGGAGCGCAAAUCCCUGCUGGUAGUCAGAGGUCUAGUCCUCAUUGUGCUGCACAAGUGAUGACUAAAGACGAUAAGAAGAAUCUUGACGGUUCAUCUGUUCCUUCUAAGACAAUCAUAUUUGAGAACACUAAUUUCAAGGCAGCUUCCACUGCACUGUCGGGUUCUGGUAUCCAGUUCAUGUCGGGUGGUAUGUAUGAGAGUGGCAAAUCUCAGCGGCCGAGAGAGGUGCGUGACCGCCGAGGCCAACAGAACAAACAAGAACAAACAGCGUCCCAACAACCUUACCGAGAUACACAGCAAAAUACCCAGCAACCACCGCAACAACAACAAAAACGGCAACAGACACAACAACAACCAUCACAGCAGCAGCAGCAGCAACAACAACAACAGCAGCUACAGCAGCAGCAUCAACUGCAUCAACAAAAGCAUUUACAGCAACAGCAUCACCUUCAUCAGCAGCAGCAGCAGCAGCAUUAUCAACAACAACAGCAACAACCGCACCAUACGCAGCAACAUCACAAACAACAGCCGCAGCACCAAGAAGAACCGCGUCAGCAACAUAUUCACCAGCAAGAGCAGCCUCAUCAUCACCAGCAACAUCAGCUUCAGAAUUCAGGGCCAGGCAUGACUGCUCAUUCUGUUUCCCCUCACUUGGUUGCGACAGGCUCCUGCCCUCAGAAAGCUGAGGAUGGUUUCCACUCCGAUGUCAAAUCUGACGUUUCCGAGAUGCCUUUGGCAUACACAUCGAAUGAAGAAAAUGGAUCAAAACUACAAUUUUCUACAUAUAAACCGGAACUGGGGGAACUAUCGGCCGACAAGGUUGAUCCUGGCAAAACUCUCAAUCUUGUACGUCCUCUAGCCAUGGCUGCCAAUGUCCACGCUCCUAAUUCUCCCUCCACUGAGGACUUGAACAUGAAAAUAGCUUCGGUGAAGAAAGUUUGGGAUUUGCCUUCAGUUUCAGAGAAUGUGGAAGAGGUGGUCAGUCACUCCACCUCCUUCGCGACUUCAAAGUAUUCUACCGUUUCAAGUCAUGAAUCAGCGACUCGUCUAGAGCAGCAUUCUGCCCCAAUUGAAUCUUACGGUUCCAAGGACAAUUCAAACAUGGCGGAAGUAGAAGAAGCUAGAGAUCUGUACAACUGUGCUGGAUCCCCCAUACAGCAACCAGGUACUCCCAGCGAUUGUCCGUGUCCAAAUGGAGUGGUUAAUAGCAUGGAUUACACGUCCGUGGCUGCAGCUGCUGCCGCUGCCGCUGCAGCUUAUUCCAAGAAUGACGUGAGCCGUUCUGGUAAUGUGUGUAAAGUGAAGCCCCAGCAGCAGUCAGCCUGCAGCUCUGUAUCAAGCAAUGGCUUGAACAAUUGCGUGUCACCUGGGGCUGUAGGGGCCAGCAACGUUGUGACAGGUGUAAUUGCCUCGAUGGGCAUGGCUAGUGGCACGGGAGGCUCCAUGUCUCCACCUCUAGCGUCAGCGUCGGUUGGACACUCUUCUAACAACGUAUACCAAGCUUUAGGGGGAACAGCAACCUUUGGCGGUUUGAGUGGUGCAAUUCCUUCACCACCAAUUAUUUUCAACUCCUCCCAGCAGGUGCAGAAUGGGUUGUACCAAUCUUUCUUGGAACAGAGAAGUGCUUCACAGUUUUCCCAAUACAACCCAUAUGGACUUGGACAAGGCCUUGGCAAUAAUGCAUUCGGUCAGCAGUCCAUGUUUCUACAGACCCCUCCUCUUACUGCUCCGACUGAUAUGUACGCAAGCAACCUGUCGCAGUAUCGAAUGCAACCAUCAGCUGUCGCAGGUUUUGGCCAAACUCAACCUCAAAAUCAAAACACUGUUCUUAUUUCAUCUGCAAAUUCUUCUCUCAUGUCCAGCGCAGUAAAACCCUCGUCGCAAUCGUUUGGUGGGACUUCUCAACAGAACUUUGGUACUAUUGGCUCGAAACCAGGAGCUCCCUUUCAACAAGGAGCAAUUGGCAACACUCUUCAAGGAACACCGCAGACGCCGCUCUACAUUUAUGACGCAGUUCAGCCAAUGAGUUUGCUUGGCCCGCAGUUAUUGCCUCGGCCACCAGUUCAGGGAUCGAUGCUCCAAACUAUCCAAACCCAGAAUAGCUUUUAUUCAAACAAUAGCAGCGCUAAUGCUGCAGCUGCAGCUCCCUCGGCUGCUCAAAAUCAACCAGCGGCCGGUGCUUUCUAUGCACCGGGUUCUACUCUUCAGGCAGCCGUAGCAGCUGUCCAGCAGCAGGCUCAACAGCCUUCGUUACAGACUUCUCCUGCAUACGGCAUCCAGGGCUUCGCCAAUCAAACUCAACCUGUAGCAGCCGCUGCUGCAGCGGUCGGACUUCAAAGCUUUGGCUCAGGCAUGAAUAUCACUCCUCAGCAGCUGAAUGCUGCUGUUGCUGCCACUUAUCGCAACAACUCGGGAGCCACGGGACUUCAAGCUAACUUUCUAAAGUCAUUACCCGGCAAUUUGGGAGUCAACGCGUCGUCAAGUCUACAGGACCCUACACGGCAACAAAUGAAGUCGCCGAACCCUGCGCCCAGCUCCUUCAAUUCAACGUUCUUCUCUGGACAGUCAAUGUUUACAGACGCUCAACAGCAGCCAACACAAGGCAAGGCUUGCAACCAGCCAGCAAUGACAGGCCAGCAGCCACAAGCAGGCAUGCGUAACUACGCUGGUGUGGGAGCCCCUCAGCAUCAGCAGUUGCAUCUCCCGCCCGCGUCCAUCACUGGCCACCAAGUCGCAAGUCACCCCCAGUCUCAGCAGUACCCGUGCGGCCUUCGUGGAGGAAAUGGCAAUUCCGUGACAUCCUUCUCCCCAACUGCCAACUCCAUGAUGAUGACCAACAACAGUGGCUCCAGCAACAUUGUCAACAUGAGCAAUAGCACGAGCAGCAUGAUGAAUAACGCAAACAACAUGAUGAACAACGCAAGCAACAUCAUGUCGCGAAACUCUCCGAUGGCCGCCUCCAUGUCGAGCAUGAGUUCAUCCAGUGCCGCAGCUCAGAGCGCCGUAAGCAGCAGCAGUUCCCCUGUUGCUACUGGCACGGGGCAAGUAAGGUACACGGGGCCUGGACCUAUCCAACGCCCUCCCACUUCUGCUGCUGCGGCGCAACAAAGGCUCAAUACAGCUGCUGCAGGUGUGACUCCGAGCACAAGCAGCAGCAAUGUAGUUCGCUCGAGCGCGCCCGUGUCCCAACAGGCGGCUCCUUCCAGCCUCUCAGCAUCAGGGCCUCGUAUCUCUUCUAAUCCCAGCUCUGCUCAGCAGGCCAAGUUACGCGCGGAAGCUCUCAGUAGCACUCAGGCGUUCUUCAACAGAGAUGCGAACAAGACAGAAGCAAAGGAUUCGGAGAAGAAGGAACACAUUCAGGACUGCGACAGUGGCAUCCAAUCGACAGAGACAUGAGCGAAGUGCAAUGUCUCUGAAGAUGCACCAACUGUCACAUCGCUAACGACUGCUGUUUUGAAAAAUUCCUUGAAGAUGAAAACUUUGAGCUUCCAUCGAGACAAGCUUGCCGGUUCCUGCUUGACGGAUGAAACUGGUUUCGAGUGGUAGCUAUUUCGAACGUGCUGCACGAAUGACAUUUUCUCAACUGUCGCAGCAAGUAUACUGGGACACGAUUGUGCCCAUUUUCGAUGUUUAUUCAACUAUGUCCUGCUACAAGAAACUCUUCAUUAUAACAUGUGUGAGAAGUGGUGAUCGUAAGCAUGAAACGAACUAUAAUUGCCUAGUUAUAUUUUAUGGAAAUCCGACAAUGAUUCGAUGAGUUGUGUUCAGUUUUUCUCACUCAGUGUGGGAAUAAGUGUGAUGUACGAACUCUUUUCAUUCCUUCAGCAAGAUUGAAGUGUGGCUGAUUAGCAAUAUCUUCUCCUUGCGUCUAAAGAAGGAAGUGGUUAAGUAUAAAUUCCUUGAAAUGGUUCACAGUGGUAUUAAUGGAAUAUUAUUAAAGUGUUUCUCCUAUAAUCGUCUUGAUGGUGAACAGGAGUGUGAACAUUACUCGAUGGUACCCUUUCUUGUUUCCAUCUCAACUGUACGUGAGCCGCCGUACUGGCAAUUUACUGUUGGUAUUUCUUCUUGACUUUUAGUUGAGAGAUUAAUAACGUAAAGUCUGCUAUUUCUUGAUUCCGUUUUGUUCGUUGCAAACUUUUCUUUCAGCGUUUUGUAGUCGGUCUUUUGUUGACAUUUCUUCAAAGAUACCCCAAUAUAAUGCAUAGUGAAGAAUAUGUCACUGUACAGGGUUACUAUACCACGAGCACCGUUAGUUAUUAGCUUCCCCUUCGGAUAUUUACAUCAUUUUGGCCCUGGUGGACCAAAGGCAUUGGCACGUGUCAGUCCGGUUUGGAAACGCUGCCGGAUGUCGAAUGCGAUCAGUAUAAAAUUUUUUUGGUACAUUAUGAAAAACUUGUGUAUCGUGAUGGAACUCUUACUUUGCUUUAGUUAUCGUGGACUCCGAGCUGAAUCUCCGGAUUUGGUGUUUCUCUCUGAAUAUGGAGAUGAUGUGAACUUUAGAAUGAUGGUAGUUUUCAAUGCUAUUGAGACUAAGGAUUCACGCGAAACAAAUGAUUCGCUGUGCUUCUGGGACACCACUGUUGUAUGAUAAGAACUGCCACUGAUAAUCUUGGGAACUUGGGGGUAAUUUUCUGUCGCUAGUGUUUAAUGAGAUGAGGAAGAGAGAAUCAAGCUUUAGCAGUUCUGAAACUAACAACCGUAUUUUAUGAACUCGGUCACCAUGCCGUGGAUCUUCCCUCGUCGGCGACAUUCCGAGAUUGAAGUAAACGUUUGCUGGCUUUUUCGUUUCUUUUUUUUGGCGUAUUAUUUGAUCAGAAAACGGUCUCCCAAGUACGCAAUAUUGAUUUACUUUCAUUAAUGGCUUACAACGUUUCCUUUCUUAUCCUAGCUCUUAAUUAAUUAUGAUACAACUGAUAGAACUAGUUGUUGCCCACUGAUUUGUUUGAGCGCCCGUAGUAAAGUAGUUGGCUCUUUUCUUCUCUUGGUAGGGUUUUAGCGAACAAUCCUGCUUUUGUACUCGAGCAUGAUUGCUCAAUGAUGGUAUUCACUUAGUAACGGCAAGCUCAACGCAUCUACACUGUGUAGCCUAACGGAAUAAAAUUGUGUUGUAUCUCGA